ACGUUAGUUACCCAUCAGGCCAUCAACUCUCCGUUUGGUUCCAUGCACCGCGUUUUUGGGUUCGUGCUUUGCAUGAGAUGCGAGCUGUCAUCGAUUGCUUGACUUGUAUUCAUGAGUGAUUUACGGGGAAAGUUGGAUUUACGGAGGGUUAGCUGGCGGGAUUUGGGAGCAACUUGUCAGCAUGCCAAAUGCGCUCUGGUGCCUUUCCCUUUGUCAUCUCGAGACGUCAAGCUACCGCCCAAUUCCUUACAACCCCAUGGGCAAUUUGACAUCGAUCAUGUACUAAUAGCGUUUUGGGUCAUGGUUCAGUUGCUGGAGGAGGGAUUUCUCGCUUUGAUUGAGAAAGCAGUGGGGAGAGUAGAGAGUUUGGGGGGAUUGCUUUGCGGAAUCACGAUAGGUGUUGCAUUGUCGACUAUUGCAUGAGAUGUUCUUCUACGUUUUCUUGAAAGACGUUGUGCAUGCUGCGGAACUGGUUACAGAAGCACAUGUUUUGAAAGGCCGGAAGCUGUUAGGGUCGUGAGUUCAUUUUAGAAAUUUUUCUGGCAAGAGUUGGUAAGUCAGGAUGGUGCUCAGCGAGUUAAAGGGCAUGAAGGAGGUGGACUCCUCCAACGUAGACUCCAUCUAUGCUUCUCGUUACGUCCAAAAUGAACUUCCCAGAUGGAGUUUGCCUGAGCGAGAAUUUCCCAAGGAUGCCGCGUACCAGGUGAUAGCUGAUGAGCUAAUGUUGGACGGAAAUCCACGUUUGAAUUUUGCUUCGUUCGUGACGACAUGGAUGGAGCCAGAGUGCGACAAGCUGAUGCUGGGCGCUUUGAGUAAGAAUUAUAUUGACAUGGAUGAGUACCCAAUUACCACCGAGCUGCAAGACCGAUGUGUGAAUAUGAUUGCGCGUUUGUUCAAUGCUUCUCUAGAGGAAGGGCAGACAGCAAUUGGAGCUGGCACGGUUGGAUCCUCAGAGGCCAUUAUGCUGGCAGGGUUGGCAUUCAAGCGCAAGUGGCAGCUUGAGCGAAAGGCCAAAGGGUUACCCUUUGACAAACCCAACAUGGUGACUGGCGCCAACGUUCACGUCGUAUGGGAAAAGUUUGCAAACUAUUUUGAAGUAGAGCUUAGGGCUGUGAAACUUCGGGAGGAUUAUUAUGUUAUGGACCCUGCGAAAGCAGUCGAAAUGUGUGAUGAAAACACAAUCUGCGUUAGCGCCAUUCUCGGGUCGACAUACAAUGGCGAGUUUGAAGAUGUUGAAACUUUAAACAAUCUUCUCGAGAAGAAGAACAAAGAAAAGGGGUGGCAUAUUCCAAUUCAUGUGGACGCCGCCAGCGGAGGGUUUGUGGCGCCAUUUUUGUAUCCCGAUCUUGUUUGGGACUUCCGGCUACCAUUAGUGAAGUCUAUUAACGUCAGUGGCCAUAAGUAUGGGCUGGUGUAUCCCGGCGUAGGCUGGGUUGUGUGGCGCAGCAAGGAGGACCUUCCCGAGGAGUUGAUUUUUCACGUCAACUACUUGGGAGCCGAUCAGCCCACCUUCACCCUCAACUUCUCUAAAGGUGCUAGCCAGAUCAUUGCACAGUACUACCAAUUCAUCAGGCUUGGCUUUGAGGGCUAUAGCAAGAUCAUUGCCAAUUGUGCGAAGAACGCCAAGACCCUGGCAGAGAGCAUCGUGGCAACCGGCAGAUUCAAGCUCUUGUCCAAGCCCCAAGGUGUCCCCCUCGUUGCUUUCUCUUUGAAGGACAAGAGAAAAUUUGAUGAGUUUGACAUCGCUGAUGGUCUCCGCCGCCACGGUUGGACAGUUUCUGCCUACACCAUGGCACCGGAUGCACAACAGACCACACUAUUGCGAGUGGUUGUGCGAGAAGACUUCAGCCGUGGGCUUAGCGACCGUUUGGUUGAGGAUUUGAAGAAAGUUCUCAAAACUCUUGAUUCACAGCCUGCAAAGCUGGUCCAAGCAGUUGCCGAGGUCAUUCAAGAGCAGCACCAUGAGCUUGCAAACUCAAAUGCCACUGUGGAAGACAUCAAACAAACUGUGGAGCAUGAUGUGCCGUUCCAUGAGAUGGUGAAGAAGCUCAGUGACGCUCAUAAUCACAGGAAAAAAGCCCAGGCACACAAACUGCAUUCCAUUCACAAGACGAAUGGUGUUUGUUGAUCUUGUAGUAGGGAACGAAUAAAACGACACCUUGAUAGAGAAAUAGAUAAAUAACUAAAUAAGUAAAAGUGAUGAUUAUAGACAACAUUGUGAAUAUUGAAGGCAGUUUUGAAUUGCUGUUGAUUCUUUGAAGAGAAAUAAAGGUUUUUGGUAAUAUUAAAAGGUGAU